CACAACCGGCAACCAUCCGCCAGGCUGGUGACGUGUGACGUCCAAGGAUGCGCGCACCGUCACGGAACCCUUCGCGUUUACCGAGGCUACACCGAGAGACCGGACAGCUACCUCCAAUUGCUUCCGAACAAGACUGUGUCGGCCCAUGUGAUGGGCGUGGGCUCCUGAUUGAUACAGUGGCUAUUGCGAGAAUACGUUGCCGACGGCUGCUGUUGGUAGUUCUAGCAGCUGGCCUGAUUUCUUCGGCCUUCGGUUUUGAUAUCGGCUCUCCCUAGGCGGAUGAGCUUUCGUCAAUUGGCAGCAAGCGACAUAUCGCCCAUGGAUCGUGAAAUCAGUCUCCCAUUCCCAGGUCAUAACGGUCGCAGUACCCCUGUCUUUCGACCGUAUAUCGUUUCAUGUUGCCCCAGUCCCCAGCCCCUCUACCUCGAUUUUGUCCUUUUCUCUGUCAAGAGCAGCUCCACGUCAUGGUUGAGCAAGGUUCCACAUCUUAUACCAGGGCCAGAAAUGUGGGUAGAUGAUCAUGGGCUGGUACAUACAACAGACUUGAGGGCCAAUGAGCCUGCUGAGGAUCCUGGCCACGAAGAGGUCAAACUUCUAUGCAAGCAUGUGAUGUUCCGCGGAAUCUUAAAGAUCAAUAGCCACCAUACCGACAACUGGAAGGACAAACAUGCGGACGCUGACUGGUUGGCGAAGGCCAUCUGGAGGAGAGUGUCCGACGAGAGGAGUCGGCCAAAAUUAGGAACCGCAAAAAGGGGGUCCAACAGGAGGCGGAAAGUCAACUGUGGCAGCCAAAUAUUGUCGUUGCUCAUCAGCUUUCCAGGGGUAGCAUUCACAUUUAAUGAAUUCCUAGUGGCAUUUAAGCAAUUGCCUGUGUUGUUCUUCAUCCCUUUUUCUCUCUGGUUACUCAAGGCGGCUACACCAUCACCCACGAUACAGAAGACGUACACGCAACCGGUCUCCGAGAGGAGCGGCCCCAACCUUGUCACUUAUCAUCAUCCAAGUUCGGCGAGCAUACUGGGCUAAUAGGCUGCUGGUGUCUGCGCGUUAUUGACCAGGCGCCACCGAUUGAU